AUGUCUGGCCUCGACGCCGAUACUUGCCGAUUCUCUCCUCUUCCGGCGAAACCUAAUGUCUCCUCCGGCGGAGUAAACAAAGAGAAUUCGUAUCCCAAUUGGAAAAACCCUAGGGAUAAAUCGGAUAACGACGACGUUCUGAAACCGCUAGAUCCGAAAUUCGCGGAGGAUUCGGAGAAGCUGUGUCCUCCAGGCGGCGGCGGAGAGAACCGCGUCGUGAUCUACACGACGUCGUUACGCGGCGUGAGGAGGACGUUCGAGGCGUGUAACGCCGUUAGAGCUGCGAUCGAGAGCUUCGGUGUAGUAAUCUGCGAGAGAGACGUCUCGAUGGAUAGAGGAUUCAGAGAGGAGCUAAAGAGUCUGAUGGCCGAAGACGCGGCGGCGUUGUUGCCGCCUAGGGUUUUCGUGAAGGGGAAGUACAUCGGCGGUGAAGAGGAGGUUAUGAGAUUGGUGGAGGAAGAAAAACUUGGGGAUUUGCUCCGAGGGAUUCCGAGGAAGAAAGAUCGAGGUGGCGGUUCCUGCGGCGGAUGCGGCGGUUUAUCGUUCUUGCCGUGUUCUGAUUGCAAUGGAAGCUGCAAAGUGGUGGAAGGAUGGGGAAACGACGCCGUAGUGGUGAGGUGUACGGAGUGUAACGAGAAUGGUCUUGUUCGUUGUCCCAUUUGUAGCUAA